AGAGACAGAGGGAGAGACAGAGGGAGGGGAAGGAGCAUCAGCAGAGCUGCUUUCAGACACGGCCACCCCAGACAUCGCCAGCCGAGUACAGAGCAGUCCAGGUGAGGAUGAGGCGAUCUCAGAGUCGCCCGCAGGGAGAGGUGAGAUGCUGCAGACCCCUGAGAGCCUCAGAGCCCCAAGCAGCCCAUCCUCUUCAAACAGCACGGCCUAUAAGUCCCCCACUGACAUAGAGAGAGACACCCCGGAGGACACCASCAGCUCAGGGACACCUCCGUCAGUCCAGCGAGCGCUGCUCACCAAGCGUGUCUCCCAGGACCCWGACCCGGUCUGGGUUCUCAACCUGCUGAAGAAGCUGGAGAAGCAGUUUAUGACCCACUAUGUCGACGCCAUGGCUGAGUUCAAGGUGCGUUGGGACCUAGACAACAAUGUGAUGUUGGACACUAUGAUCACUGAGCUGAGAGACGAGGUGAAGAAGAGGAUCCAGACGAGCAUUGAUCGUGAGCUGAGGAAGAUCCGGGGGCGUGCGGGGCGGGGGGGCGUGCCGCGCCCUCCUAUCCUGUCCCGAGAUUCAACCGUUACAGACCAGAGGAGACGGAGGUUAAAGGUAAUGAAGGUUCAGUCAGUGAACAAGAGUGACGGGGAGCAGGGUUCGGGGGCGGAUGUUAGUGACCAGCGCAGCGAGGGUGAGGAUGAGUACUGUCCCUGCGACGCCUGCAUACGGAAGAAGGCGGAUGUCCAACAAAUAAAAAUGGAGGCUGUGGUCGCCACAGCGCCGGUGAUGAUGGCGUUUGAUCUGCGUAAGAUCCUGCUGAUGAAGAAAGACCCAAAGCCUCUUGCGCCCUCUAGCCCCACGGAGGGGGAGGACAAUGAUCGCCUGGAAUUGGAGGAGAAGAAAGAGGAAGAGGAGGGUGUGAAUCUAGAGGUGGUACACAAAGACGAGGAAGAGGAGGAGACCAAGGAGGAUAUUAUACCAACUGUUGUCAUAGAGGAAGCUAUCCCUGAGGAGGAAGAGGAAGGAGUGACUGAGGGAGAGGAGGGAGAGGAGGAAGCACAGGAGAGUGAUGGAGCUGAGUCUGUGAUGGGGGAAGUAGAGGAGGAGAUAGCUGAGGAAAUAGCUGAGGAGAUAGAGGCUGAAGAACAGGAGGAGGAUGGAGUGGUGGAGGGAACAGAGGAGGAGGAGGAAGGAGAGAUGGGAGGUGAAAUUUCAGGAGAAGAUGGCGUGGAGGCGGCGCAGACUGGAGAGGGGGAGGAGUUAGUAGAAGGGGAGGAGGAAGGAGCAGGGGACGCUGAAGCAGUGCAGGAGGAUCAAGCAGGAGGAGAUGAAAACACUGUUGAUGGACCAGCAGAGGGGGAUGAGGACCGAAGGAAACGGUUCUGA